GCUGUGUUUUGAUCGAUGUUACGCGUUACGCUAACGAAUGAGGGAUGCCCAGCGAGUGGUUUAAUUACUCACUCGCGUCAUAGAGAUUUAUGAGCGGGCUGUAAAACCAAGAAAGGCCGAUUCCUGCCCAGGUGACAAUGGAUUCGCUGCCGAAGCUGCUGCCCGUGUGGCCCAACGCUGCAGAACACGCUUUAGCCGAACUGGUUGAUUUCAGUGUCGAUGCAAAUAUCAACCAGACUUUGGGGGUGCUGGUGUGGAUGUCAAAACGGAUGACGACGGACUUUCGAAUUUCUUGACUUUGAAGUGCCAUGAUUCUCGACGGAACAAGCUGUCCGCGCAGUAUUUGACGCUGCCUCUAUCAGCUCCGAACAGGGUUUCAAGUACAGUGGAGCCGUGCUUACAAUAUCAGCUUGAUCUAAAUCGACGAAUACGUGCCUUCGAGUCAACGAUAGGCAUUUACCGCGGUUACAUCAAGCGCAAAGGUCCAUUUGCAAGCGCUGUUCAAGGAAUUCAAGAAGCCCUAAUGUCAAAAAAACCUGGCACAGGACUAAGAAACACGAACAUUCAUCGGAGCCUGCUAGAGUUAAUGCAAAUACAACCUGAAUCGUUUUGCUACAGGGAGUGCAACUGGGAUUUCACUGGAGGCUGCCUUGCCACAAUUCCUCAUUCUUUAUCAGAUGGCUCUAUCCUGCUGGCAUACCCGUGUGGGGACGAGCUAAACGAGCUAGCCAUAUCUGAAUACAAGCCAGCUCCUUUGCACUCAAAAGAAGCAUUCCUGCAAAAGCAAUCAAGCUUGGUGCUGGACACAUCAGAUGAGCUAAUGGCACAAUUUUUCAAGUGAGCCUACAGUACGUUCAAAAAGAGACCGCAUGCUGUGUGCGAUUAAGAAACAGUUGUCAGUACAUUCGUCUGUUCGGCACACUGAACAAGGACCCAAUGGUGCUCUCGGAAUUCGUGUAUGAUGGCAGUGUUUGUUGUACAACACCAAGCAAGCAUAUCUUUGGAGAACUUGUGGCCAUUACAGAGGAUGGAAACAUGCUUCUGCAGCAGUGUGAUCGAACUGAACCCUCGUGGAGAGCUUCCGUGUCUCACGAACGUCCAUCCAGCAAUCAGUGGUGGUGCACUAGCUUUGGCAGCCAUCCUCGACACAUCUGCUACAUGGACCGCUCUGGACUGUAUAGCCUUGAUGCGAGACGACCGGGUUCUCGCAAGCACACAUUUUGCACUAUACAGCAUGAAGCCUUUCUGAAAGAUGAAUUCAUGUUAUUCAAGCCAAACCCUCUCAACUGCCAUCAGUUGUACCUAGCAAGCUCAAAGAUGUUGUCAGUAUGGGAUGAGCGUCACACUCGACAGCCAAUUCUUACUUGGAACCACUGCUUACAGCAUUCGCCAACAUUUUUAGAGCUCACUCCUUUCCAAGACCUAGAGGAUGGAAGCCAUCGUGAUCUCUACGUCACACUGGGCUCACAGAGGUCACGGCAGGUUGCCGUCUUUCACAUUCGUCAGGACUCUCUGUCCGUUCAGCCGAUUUCCUUAGUGCCCCCGUGGCACUUGUCUCGGCCGAGUGAUUUUGCAAAGCACCUGGAGCAUCAGGGGUGUUCCAUAGAUGAGCAUGUGCUUAGGCGUUUGAGGGCCCCACUCAUAGGAGGCUGCAUGGCCGACUGUGGGAGCGGUGCUUUCUCAGCACUGCAACUGACGUCAUACGGAGACAUCUUCCAUCAGGACUUCGUGUGGGAUGGCGAUAAGCCCUUGUGUAUGGGUGACUGGAACUUCAGUGCUGGCUGCAAGCUGCUGCCAGUUCCAGAAAUAGAGCAGAAAGUAAAGUGGUGGACUGACCUCGUCAUUGCUACAGACUCUGUUAACGAGGACGGACCAGAGAAGCAUCCACUGCUUGUUAAUCAUUUCAUUCAGUAUCGAGGAGUCACUUCAGACGAUGAUGAUCCACUGACACAACACAACAGGGUAAAGCUUGCCAACCUGCAGAAUAUGAUCAUUCAAGCCAUGAAUGAGAACAAAACACUGCCCUCAAAAGAGUGGAAGCAAGCCCUAACAGCAGACAGCACAGAUUUCUUGCAAGAUGACAACAAUCUGGAUGGCACUAUAAACUCAUUGGAGGCAGUCCAUCUUGGUACUUGGGAUCGAACUGCACGACGCUACCUUGAACACUGGACAGAAACAGCUAGAUGUCCACUAAGCACCAGUGAAAUGAAUGAAGACACGCACGCUUCCAUAAUGGACUUCUCACAGGACUGGACAGGUGAACAGCAGCAGCAGCAGCAGCAGCAGCAAGAACUUCAGGGGGAGACCUGGCAGGACAUACUUCAUGGCGAGGGCCCAGUUUCGACACCGACAUCCAGGGCUGUCGAUCCCUCAACAGAUCUGCCAUUACAGAACACCGAGCCUGAAUAUUACGACCCAAGCCAGCCUUUGUUUGAUGAAAAUGACUUGACGGGCUUGACGCAGGUGUCAGUGACACAGGAACCACAGAAAUCCCGACAGCCAAGGUUGUCGUUAAAGAAAAAGAAAGUCGUCAUGGAAGGGUUUUGAGGAAUCCAAAAGCCACAUAUUCACGUCUUCAAUCAGCAGG